AGAAUGGGUAGGAGUUAUUUUGUAGAUGAAGCUGUGGAGGAAUAUCUUAGUGGGCUUCAGGCAGCUCCUGGAUCAUGUGUGACCGGACUCCUGGCUGGCCAAUCCUCUCCUCAGAGAGAUUUUGUGGUGCUGGCUGUGCAGACUCCUCACAGGGAGAGUGAGGGGCAGCCGAAGGCUUCGAGAGGGGUCAGCCCACUGGAUGACAUUGAUGUGGAGUGGGUCACAGAACAUGCCAAGCAGGUGUCCCGCAUGUUACCAGGAGGUCUUUGUAUUUUUUUUAUACUACAAAAGGAUUUUAAUAAUAGCCAUUUAUUGGCCAUUAAGAGAGACAUCAUAAACACGGUUUGCUCCAGAGUGGAGAUGUUUCUGGAAGAUCUUUUAAUAAAUGAAGGGAGUCAAAAAGGGUUGUGCAGUGGGCAGCAGGCCCUUCCUCGACGUGUGUUUGCACCAAUGCCCAUCUCUGGCCUGUCUGUGUGUGACUACAUGUUCCCAGACGAAAGUACAGCUGAUGUGGCCGAGCGUCUGAAAGAGAUGCUGGACUGCGAAACGCCAGAAGAGGACAUAGAUACUAGUUUGGAGAGCAAUCAAUUAUUUUCCACUGUUUCUGGAUCGGAGAUAACUUACAGCCAUGACGAUGAUCCCAGUAAGCAUGUCAUCUCAGAAAUCCAAGCUGAAAAUCCCAGAAUUCAGAAAGCCCCUCAAUAUUAUGCUGGUGUGGCGGUAGCAGCAGCCAUUGCUCUCCUUGCCACAGCCACAUCUCUAUUGUAUUUCAGUUAAUGGAAAUAGCAAAAAUGUUUGUAUGAGUGAGUGUGUAUGUUUGUAUAAUAUACUGUAUGAUGUUAAAUAUGAUUUCAAAUAUAAUUUUUAUAUUUGGACUAUUAUAGGAUUAUAUAAAAUACAAUAUAAGGCAAACGUAUAUGGAGACUCCCUUAUAAUCAAUAGGUUUGGCUAUUUGGGUCAAGUCAAAUAUUAAUGUUACACUAUACAAUUACAAUCUAGAGAAUUAUGUCCCCAAUGUUCACUGUCUGACCCCACUGAUGGGUUCAUUUUCUUCUGAAAUUAAAUGUUCGUUGAGAAACACUUCACAAACUGUCACAAAAGUUGAAGCUGAAAUUAGUGGAAUAGACAAACCCGACGUUCUCAUAUAUUUGGCCAUCAAAAUAUACAUUUCAAACCUGUUAAUUGAGUAAUAAUAUACUGGUUACUUAAUGUAAAUUACAAUUAUGUGUUUUGAUUUUUUUUUUCUUGGAAUCUUUCCUCCUAAUUUUCUUUGUUGGAAGAUUGCUCACUAGUGGCAUGUUUGCACUCAUGCAGCCUCAAUAAAAGAUCAAAAGAAAAAGGUUAAUUGUCGUCAUCCUGCACGUGUUCUUAUAGAAUGUUUGUGGCUUCCCUCAGUAUAUUGUCAUUGUGCCAUUUGUCUUGUCAUUAUCAAACCAGUUUCUUCUGGCUUCUGUAACAGCGCAGCAUUAAAGGCAUAAAGGAACUGUUAUAUUAAGUUUAACUGAAGGGAAAAUGCCCUUGGCAUGAAAUACAAUAGCUGGAAACUAUUUUUGUGAUGAUGGAAUGGGUAAUGACGCUCCUUCCUUCUAAAUCAGGGGACUUGAUUAUUUUUCAGACCUUGGAUCCGCGGUUGAUGCAUACUUUAUGAUUUCUACAUUGCAAAGCCAUUAAAAUUGUUCACAUUUGAAUGUGAUUGGGCCCUGAAACAUUUAGAGGAACUUUAGGUUUGUUCUUAGUUAAUGCUUCUUUUUCUUUUUUUUUCUAGUUUCACAUCAAACCAUAAUUGUUGGACCCCCUUUUAAAGACCCCUGUUCUAAAGUACCAAAAUCAUCAUCGUCAUUAGUUUUAACAAUGUUACGCUGACCUAAAACCACAUUCACAUGCACCUUCAAACGAGCACUUACACAUGAAUACUCUCUCAUACACACAGUAAUCCUGGGAUUUGUGAGUAUGUUUUAGCAGUGAUUUAGUUGAGGACGUGUCAGGACAUGUUUUACCUGGAAUGGCAUUUGUAGCACGAAACUAGUCAUGAAGACAUAAAGGAACGAGGAGUGUUCUUGUCCUUUCUUGUGUUUUAUUGAAGUAAGUCACCCUGAUGUCAUGUAGUGCAGCAUUACACCAUAUGAAAUCACAUUAUUUCAUAUGUUUUAUUCAUUAAGCAGAUAGCGGCUCAAUACACAAAGGAUGACAAGAACAGUGUGACAGUUUGACUUUCAUGUGGCAAGCCUAAGCAUGCUUAAAUAAGAUGGCUACUCUCAUUCUCUGCAAAUCAGAGUUCCUAUUAUCACAGAAAACCAGACAAUUGUAUUCUGUUUUCUAGACCUGAAAAAUGUCAGUGGAAACAAUUCCAUUUCUGUAAUGAAUGUACACUACUUUUUAAAAGUUUGAGGUCAGUAUGUUUUGAAAGACGUUUCUUUUGAUAAAAAAUACAAUAAAACUGUCAUAUUGAGUGAAUUACAAAUUAAAGUAGCUUUUAUUUAAAUAUAUUUUAAAGUGUAAUUUAUUUCUGUGAUGGCAAAGCAUUUUGAAAAAGCAUUUUUUCAGCAGCCAUUACUCCAGUAUCACAUGAUCACUCAGAAAUCAUUGAAAUAUUCUGUUUUGGUGCUCACAAAACACUUCUUCUUAAUGUCAGUAUUGAAAACCGUUGUGUUGCCUAAUAUUUUUUGUGCAAACCCAUAGAUUCUUGGAGUAAUGCUUUAAAAAUAAAAAUGUUUUUUUUUUUUUGUAAAAUUAUAAAUAACUUUACAAUCAAUUUUGAUCAUUAAAUGCAUUCUUGAUGAAUGAAGGUAUUACCUUCUU